AGCUGGCAUUUUAAAAAGCCUUUUUGAAAAUUGAGCAGUAAUUCCUACGUGUCCCUGGUUCUGUUUUUCAGGAAAAGUACCCAGAUAUGGUCAGUCUUCCUGAGGGGUGCCAAUCUGAACUCAUGCUGAUCCAAAGUCCAAAACUCCAAGGCUGCACGAUGUGUAUUUUCUGGGACAUUGAAGUGACACUGGAAGGCGAUGUAAGACCCAAACUCGACCUUCUGAUGAAAAUGCCCGAGGAAGCUAUGAGGAUGGACUCCAAGAACAUUGUGGAAAAUGCUCCGGACUACUUCCUGAACCUUCUACGCAUUCUAGGACCUGAAGCAUCUAUUGAGAGUGUUAUUAAGACAGUGUGUGUGUGACACUUUAGGAGCUGAAACAUCUAUUGAAAGUGUUAUUAAGACAGUGUGUGUGUGACACUCUAGGAGCUGGAGCAUCUAUUGAGAGUGUUAUUAAGACCGUGUGUGUGUGUGACAGACUGAGAACUACAGUGAUAGCACCAAGCCCAUUCAUCAUCAUUUUAUUCAAUAUGAACAACUCAGUACAAUCAACCAUUAGCAAAUGUUUUAAUGCCAUCUGUACAUUCUCUUACAAUUACUCAUAUGCACAUACUGUAUGUAAAUAUAUAUUCAUUAGUAAAGACCUAGAAAA